CCCCCCAGGGUACUACUUCCGGCCAGGCACGGGGGGCGGCAAGAGCAUGUGGCACAUCUACCUGCCGCACGGCGGGUGGUGCCUCUCUCCUGACGAGUGCCUCCGCAGGAGCAAGGCGCCUCUCGGCAGCAGCACCUUCUAUCCCCAAGACCCCACCAAUGCGAACCUCUCUCCCGAUUUCAAAGGCAUUCUCAGCAGCAACAGCAGCAUCAACCCUCACUUCCACAACUGGAACCUCGUUCGUCUCAUCUACUGCGACGGAGGCGGCUAUGCGGGCACAGCAGGGAGGGUGGAGGUUGGUAACGGCACGGCGAUCUACCUGGAUGGGUGGAAGAUUGUACAAGCGGUCAUUCAAGAUCUGAAAUCGAAGCGCGGGAUCAGAUCUGCAGAUCAGAUCCUCCUGGUGGGCAGCUCAGCGGGCGGCCAAGCAGCCGUGGCUCACUGUGAUCGUAUCGCCGGCGCUUUUCCCUGGGCGGCAACUAAAUGCAUCUCCGACUCGGGCUUCUUUAUUGGUGAGUGGUUACAAUAA